UGUUAGAGUGCAUGUACUUCUGUUGCGAAAAGAUGCGAUAAUAAGAGAGAGAGAGUAAUUUAUUCGGCCGUGUGUGAUUUUGUGCAGUGUUAAGUAAAUAGAAAACAGAAAAUUAUCAGUGAUCAAUCAACGCAUCGUCAAGUCCCAGACCGAAAACAUGUCGAAGUCUAUACCGGACAGGUGGCUGGACUACAAGUCAUACGGCACCAACAUAACCAACACAAAUAUUUUACCGUUCAAGGUGCCACUCAAAGAAUCGGUCGCCAAGAAUUUGCAGCCGGAACAGCAGUUCACGACUGCCAUACUGAUAAAGUCGUUCCCGAACUUGAAGUACAUCAUCGACCUGACCAACACAUCCCGCUACUAUGACCAGCAGGAUUUCACCAAAGCCGGCAUCAAAUACCAGAAGGUCAUGAUUCCAGGGAUGCAAGUACCGCCGCUGGAGUUCGUUAAAAGAUUUUUCAAAGCCAUGGAAGUCUUCAAAGAACAGGCAGGACCAGAUGAAUUGAUUGGCGUUCAUUGUACUCACGGUAUUAACAGGGCUGGCUACUUAAUAUGUCGGUAUCUAGUUCAACAACUAGGCUGGAGACAUAAUGAUGCCUUGAAAGCAUUCUCUGAGGCUCGGGGCUAUCCGAUCGAGCGCGCCAAUUACGUCGCGGACCUGAAGCGCGUGAAGGAAAACUCGCCGCUCGAUGUAAGUAAAGUCGACCUGUCGGCACCGAUGAAAAGCACCCAUCAUAAAAAGCGCCCGUCGAUGAAGUCGCACGGCCCGCCGCGGCCGUUCCCGCCGCCGCUGCCGAUGGGCCCGCCCAUGGCGCCGCCACCGCUUCAUCGUCGUUUCAUGAACGGCGGCCACUUUCCGCCACCGCCCAAGUUCGGGCCCAGGCUACAGCCACCGGGCCCGCCGCCGAGCGGCUUCGGUCCCAUGCACCCGCCGAUGGGGCCACCACCGCCGAUGGGCGGCCGACCGGGCCCGGGGGGUCCCAUGAGGGGGCCGCCGAUGUACGGCGGGCCGCACGCUCCGCCACCGCCGCCGCCACCGCAUCAUCAUCGAGGCGUCUCGGGCCAGGGUCAGCCGCCUCAGCCGCCGCCGUUCGGUGGUCCGAUGCACCCGCCACCGCCGCCGCCCGCGUCUAUGAGGCAGCGGGGACCGAUGGGCCCGCCCGCAGGUCCGCCGCGACACAGCGCCGGCCCGUCGAGGCUGAUGGGUGGGCCGGUUCCGCCGCCGCCGGGCCCGGGACCGCGACACCCACCCCUGAUGUCUCUGGCCGGUGGACCGGCGGGCCCGAUGAUGAUGCCGCCGGGACCGCCGAAGGGCCCGCGAGGCGACAUGCCUCCGCCGAAGGGUCUGCCGCCGCUGCGAAGCGCCGCACGCAGCCUCGAGCGAGUCAGCAGGCCGCCCGGCAGAGAGCUGGACUUCACGGCGGACGUGUUCGAGGAGAAUCUCACGACGUACGCCCAGGUCACGUCCAGCAGCAGGCCGCAGUCCAAUCGUUAUCGGUCCAAUUUCAAACAUUGACGAUAAUUUACAGAAAAAAAAUUAGCGAGUAAAAAAGGCGCGUCGGGGUCCGUACCGAUGAAAAAUUCCGUGGUCGUAUUUUGUCGUCGACAUCGACGUCGUUAAAUUUUAGUCUAAAUUCAAAUUAAAGUAUUGAAUGUAAGUUUGAUUCGACUCGGUUCGACGAUGUUCCUCGGGAGUUUUCGUCGGUGCGACCGACGCGUCGGAGUGAAUGCUUUUCCUCUCUCUCUCUCUGUCUUUCUCUGCCUCUGAUUUUAUGUAAUAUAACAACUCAAUGAAAUAGAAUUAAUUUUUUGUACGAGAUGUAGUAUAAACUAAAUGGAGGACAAAAAGGGGGUAAACGUGCGUCAGUCGCGUCUACCCUCUGAUCCAAUUUUUUUUUGUAUAAAUGUUUGUGCGCGCAACUCUUGAGUGUCGGUCAACAAAUGUAUAAUCACCUUUUUUUUUCUAUUUAAGUGUAAAACUCGCUUAAUUUUAAUCUCAAUUGACUCGGAUAUAAUUAAUGUGAAUCGACUGGCUGUACUAUGACGUUUAAGUGAUAAACGAUCGGGGACCCUUUCCCACGAAAAUGAACUUUUUUACAAUAUUAUAGAUGAUUUUUUAUCGUAAAAUUUUGAUUUUCACGGUUUUACCCUGAACGCGUUACUGUAAAAAUUAUGAGGCCGAUCGGCGUUUCAUAUCGUUUUGCCCACGAUAUCGUCAUUACUGCGCGGUUCUCGUGAAAUGUAGUUACCUUUUCCUUUUUUUUUCUUCAAUCGAAAUGACACCGGCCAUUAGGAAUAAAGCAAAAUUUUUUAACAUUGUAGAUAAUCAAGCAUAUUGUUUAAUUUCUGUUCCUGUGGCGCAAAUCCAAAUAGGUGAUUACUUUAUUUCCACUGAAUAAAUUAAUCGAUGUACAAUGAAGAAGACGACGCAUUUGAAUCAUUUAAAUCACUCAUCCAGCCAUUCAUGAUAUCGUCCCCAAAUAAAUAAUCCUUGCUUUUAUACUAUAUACCAUGUAUUGAUGUAUAUGUUGCAGCUCGACGAGGAGAAUUCUUUUCAUCUGGCUUGGUUCAGAAAUUUUAAACAGUGAUGAUUGAAAUAAUCGAUUGUAAAAGAUAAUAAUUAAUUAACUUAUGAUUUUUGUACAUAAUAUAUUUAUAACUAUUAUUUACUUGAAAAUUAAUGACGUAAAUAAAGAAGAUUUAUUAUGACGAAAGUA